CGAGAGCUUCAAAACAGUAUGACAAACAGAGGCGGCUGAGCUGAUGCCAUGGAUCGGAGCUCCACACCGAGGCUGAAGCUGUUGCAGCUGACUGUGCUUCUGCUCAUGUCGGCCAACAUCCUCUGUCUACAUGGGAAUCCUGUCGCAGUGGACCACGAUCUUCAGUGUGUGAACGAUUACUUGUUCACCAUCAACUGCACGAUGAGCAUCGCACCGUCAGAAAACACCUCAGGCAGCAGCAGCUCCUACUGGCUCACUUUCACACAAAAAUGGACACAAGACAAAUUUAUGUGUAUGCUGACAAAAAAACGCAGUGGGCAUCAUUUCUGCUCUGUUAAAACAUCUAUCCCGAUGACCAAUGACGAUUACGAUAAGAUCUUCACAGAUCUAGAUGCUUUUGGAAUCUCACUCUGCCACAACGGACAUGAUGGAAAUGAAACCUGCGAGGUGCUGGAUGACCAAUAUACACCCGUGACAAACAUUAAACCAAACGCACCGUGCUGCCUCACAGUUCGCCACAACUCAAGUCAAUACCACUUCACCUGGAAAAGCACCUACGAGGAAUUCAAAGACUACACCAGCCUGGUCGACAGCUUCAAGUAUCAGCUUCAUUACUUCAAAAGAGACAAAAAGGUGAUAUCACAUGACAUUAACACUGACAGAACAAAGUUCUCUGUGGAUGAUCGGGCGUUUGUGCCAGACACGGUGUACGCUGCCAGAGUACGGUCCAGUCCUAAUCUGGCUUUUUAUAAAGGACAGUGGAGUGACUGGUCCUCUGAGGUCCACUGGAACACAGAGUCUUCCAUGAGUGAUCUCCCAACAAACACUUUGGCUCGUGAACUGGCUAAGAAGUUGUUCAUCCCCUUGUGUGUGCUGGUGACACUCAUCCUACUUAUGUGUUUUGCUCCUGUUAAAAAAUGGAGGCCUAGUUCCUUUAUCCCAUCUCCAGCUCCUUAUUUCCACACCCUGUACAGUGACUGCCAGGGAGAUUUCAAGAGCUGGGUGAUCACACCAAAAGACACAGCAAAUGUAGUGGAAGCAGAGGCAUCGCUCCAAAUCGACUCCAUGAUUAAGUGUGAAGACGUCCCAGAGGAAGACUGUCAGCCUCCCUUUCACCACCAGUUGAUGGAGGGCAGCACCUACAGCAACACAUUCUGCCCAGUCAGUGAUGCUUCGCUCUUGGGCAUCCCUUAUGCUGCGAGUACCAUGGCUCCAGCAUUUAGUCCAGGGAGUCCGACCCUCAGAUCUCAGACGGGGAGCCCUGCUGAGGGUGACUCGGGGUGUUGGCUCUGCAGUGAAACAACCUCCCUGGAGACGGACUCUCCAUGGUACUGUGAUAAGUACUGCACCCUGAGCACCCUCACACAAACCAGUCCAUUCACAGCAGAGCACCGUGGGAGCUUGUCAACAAAAUCUUGCCUACGGGGGAAAAUCAGAGGGGAGGCCAUUGGGGAAGCAUAAAGUGAUGUUAGUAUGUAUCCACUGGAAAAUUGAAUAGUAUGAAAUUUAGCUUCAAAUAUUGUUGGGCCCAAAAGUUUCAACUACACUCAUCUGGAGAGAGAAAUGUAACGCUUCGUGACAACUGCUACAACUGCCUAAAGCUGCGGCUACUGUAAAUGCUUAGCUUUCAUUGAUCACAUUAGUGGCUUUAUGACUGAGCAUUCAUAUUUGUAAAAUGUUUGUACAGUAUCAUGCAUGUGAGAAAAGAAAGGAAAAUUAUAUAAUUGCAUAGCCUUUGCCUGAAACAAAUCAUUCUCAAAAUCAUUGGGUUAUUUUCCCUGGUAACUGAGAAGUUUGCCAUUGUUGUGUAUUUUGUGUAAUAAAGAAAACGCAACAGUU